UGGAGUGACAGGUAUCGAGCUUGCUAGCUAGCCACGCACGCAAAUAACACACAAGCAAUAUUGCAUAUAUCGGUACAUUGUUAUGUGAAAUGCUGCGCUGGAACAAGUAAAUCAAGAUCAAAACAUUCUACGGUACUCAACAUGGACGAAGAUAAAGGAGAAACAUGGGGUAUUAUACUACUUUCGCUUGCGAUGUUGAUCGGUUGUUACAUUGCUGGAUCAGUCCCUCUAUCCAUUACGAUGUCGGAGAGUAAAACAAGACUGACCACUGUAAUUGGGGCAGGGCUGCUUGUCGGCACAUCAUUGGCUGUUAUCAUCCCAGAGGGAAUACACUCACUCUUUGCAGAUGCAGCUCCUCAUAGUCACCACGACGAAGCAAGAGCAGUACUAGUCGGCCCAGAAAACAAAGCAGAUGGAGCUCAAGAAGCCAAUCACGAGGCAGUGGUUGAUAACGCCCAUACCCACGCCCACUCCUCUGUCGAAGACCUCCACUCAUUGAUUGGUAUAGCAUUGGUAUUUGGUUUUGUUUUUAUGCUGUUGGUGGAUCAAAUAGGAGGUGGCCAUGGGCAUUCACAUUCACAGUUACCGGGUGAACUGGAAACAACUAGUAGAACAGGAAGGAAGAGCAUAACUGCUACACUAGGUCUUGUGGUACAUGCCGCAGCUGACGGUAUUGCUAUGGGGGCAGCUGCUAGUGGAUCAAGGGCCGAUGUUCAAAUGAUUGUAUUUAUAGCUAUUAUGUUACAUAAGGCACCUGCUGCUUUUGGACUUGUCACAUUCCUUUUACAUGAAAACUAUGAGAGGAAUAGGAUACGAAAACAUCUUCUUAUCUUCUCAUUAGCAGCUCCAGUUAUGGCUAUAUUCACAUAUUUUAGCCUAAGCCAUGCCAGUAAAGAGGCGUUAUUAUCCGUCAAUGCAACAGGCCUAUCCAUGCUGUUCUCAGCAGGAACUUUCCUCUACGUAGCAACAGUACAUGUAUUACCCGAGAUAGCAGCACCUCGACCAUCCACCACCCCAGCCACGGACCCGGAGGGGGCGGUAGACGUCAGGCAAGGCUUCACAUGUGGGGAAUUAACAGCACUUGUACUCGGAUGCCUAGCUCCCCUUGUUUUAGCCAUGGGACAUCAUCACUAGCUAGUUCAACUGGGAUUAUUAUUUUUAUAUUAUUCUUUAAUAUUAUUUUUUAAAUAGCUUCUUUUAAGUUGAGAGGGGGUAGAGCAGUGAUUUACAAUCAUCAUAUGUUCAAUCUAAUAAAAAAAAGAUGUAAGCAAGCUUUUCAAGAUUGCUUUUGCUUACAUCCUUUUCAUACAGGUUUUUUCCCCAGACCAAAUUCUCUCAAAUGCCGGUUGUUAGGGGACAUAGCUCUGUUUUACGAGUGUCAUAAGUUCACUAUGUUGACAUGUCUGAAUAGGAUUAUUUCCAAGACCAUGCAUUUCAUGAGCAUGUCAUUGACUCUAUUUUAAUGAUUUUCAAAAGUACAAGCUAAUUUUACUAUAAUUUUUGUGCAGUUCUUGGGCUUGAGAUCACCAACAUCAAACUUGAAAUCGCUCUAGCCCUGAUCCCGUGGGAUUGGUGAAUGAGAAAAUUACAUGCAGAUUGUCAACACAAGCCAUAAUGGUUUAAAACACACUUUGCAUUGAAUAUGGACAAAAAUUUAUUUGUUAGAGCAAUCUAGGGGUUGACAUGCAUGUAUAGAUAAUCAGGCAGUGUCAUAACGUUAGGUCCGAAGUUGCCAAAAUGGCCUUAAAAAAGUGCACAACACUUGAAAAUAAAUAAAAAGUCAGAAAAUUGUGGGGAGUAGCAUAUUUGCAAAUUUGUUAGGAGGGGUCAGUUGACCCAAUUCGUAAACUAAGGGUUAAAGCUGAGAAUAUCCUCUUUCAGUAGGGAUAUUUCUGGCAAUAUUUUGUGGGUUUUGCCAUGUCUGGUCACGAAUUAAGCAUUCUGUCGGUCAGUGACUCCAAGACGUUCUGAUCUGUUCAUGUGUAAUAGUAAUGUUUGUUUUAUCCCUCCAAACCUAUGUCUGGUCAGAAAAUUUGGAGGUUGAUAUUUCAAAUGUGAAUAGUAUCCAAAUAAGCAUUCUCUAGGUCAGUGACCGUGGGAGUUUCUGGUUGAGGGAGGAUGGCGGUGGAGGGAAGGAGAUAGUGAUCUCUGUGAGUGCGAGGUGAAUCUGGCCACCUCUGUAAAGGAUUGCGCCAGUUUCAAAACCUGUAUAACCGAUAGUAAUGUGCAAUAUACAUGUACUUUACUUUUAUUUAGCUUUAUAAAAUAACAAUGUUAUUUCCUUGAAUACCUUGGGCAAAUUGUCUGGGGGGGGGGGUAAUUGCUUAUUUCAUGUAAUCAUGAUGAAAUUGAUAUAAUUUUGACUACAGUAUUUUGUUUGCUCUUGAUUUGAAAUCAUAUUUCAGCUCAACUAUCAUUGAAUCAGUCACAUUCUAACUUUGGUUAAUGUUAUUGGCAAAUUACGAUGUAUAAUUUAUUUGAAAUAUAAUUACUUGAAAUGUAAUAUAGUAUUUUUUAAUUAAUUGUAUGACUCAAACCCUUGAAAUAGGACAUGUAUCAGCAGUAUUAAUCUUUGUUUCUUUGGUGAUAAAUGCUAUGAUUGUUAAUUUUUUUCCUUUUUAUAUUACUUCUUCAUAUAGUCAGGGGAGUGAGAGACCAGCAUUUUUGUUUUCAGCUUAUUUCAGCUUUUUAUGUACUUUGCACACAAAGCGUAGGCUUCACAAUUUCAGCUAUUUUUAUUUGUUGCUACUCACACCCCUGUAUAGUUAGCUUUUUUUGUUGAAAAAAAUGCAAUCUUUUCAAGUUACUGUAUCAGAAUUAUGGAAAGAAGGUAUUAAAUCCUGAUUGGAAUCAUCCGCAGAUCUAUACCAAAGCGAAUAUAUUACUUUUUUUGUGAGAUGACGUUUCUGUGAGAUUAAUCAGGUAUUAUACCAAAUGGGGAUUGCUUAGUCUCUGUAUCAGGGAGAAAAUGAAUAUUUUUUUCUGGGGAUACUUUUUGAGCUCAAUAGCUCAAUUUUGCUACACUGUAUUACAGUUUGCAUUAAACCCUAUAGGAAUUUCAGAGGCUUUUUCAUUAUUUCCAGGGCUUUUAGGGCAUUGUGGGGGCGCAAAUUUGCCCGGAACCUUGUGUGUAAUUGAUUCCUGUUGCAUACUCAGCACUGGAAACAUGGCUAGAAUUCAUAAAGGUGGGGUGAAUCUGUGGAUAGAUACCAUGGUUUACAUACAAAUCACAAAUAUUUCACACAUCAUUAGCUCAAACAUUGAGGAAGAUUCUAAUGAGGCACUGAUGAAUCCAGGGGGGGGGGGGGAUGACACAUUCGGCCCGUGCCACCCUUUUGCCUUUUGAGAGGCAUAAUCUAAAUUUGUAAUAUAAAAUAUGGCAUUCAAACACAAGUCAAACACCCCUCCCCCAUUUCAAAAGAACCUUUUUUGUUUUUUCUGUUUGCCAAAAUU